AUGACUAGCAUACUCCGCCACCCCCUACUUGGCCUCAUCCGAGGCAACAAGCUCACAUCUACAGAUCUCGUCCAAUACUGUGGCUUGCCAUACGGCACAAUCCCACAACGGUUUAGCCGUUCGACGACGUUACAAGAGCUUCCGACGACCUCUUCUUCAGAGACAUUCGACGCAACCAAAACAGGACCAGAAUGUAUUCAGCCUGAAGGAGCGGUUAAGCUGGACUGCGAAAGCAACCAAUUCCCUAAUCAGGAUUUCGAAGAGCCGCCUCAAUCUGAGAACUGCCUGUAUCUAAACGUGGUUGCUCCGGAGAGUCAAUCGACAACGCCACUGCCAGUUCUGGUCUUUCUUCAUGGAGGUGCCUUCCUGAUCGGCUCGUCCUCGCGACCAUAUUACACGCCCACGAAUUUCGUCAAACACGCCUUCAGCACGAAUCGUCCACACAUCUUUGUCUCAAUAAAUUUCCGCCUCGGCGCUUUGGGCUUCCUUCACUCUUCAGAAGUAUCUUCUCUCAUUCCACCAAACAACGGCCUCCACGAUCAGUUACGAGCCUUCGAGUGGAUUCACCGUAACAUAUCUGGGUUUAAUGGCGAUCCAGAGCGAAUCACAGCGAUUGGUCAGUCUGCAGGUGGUGAAUCUGUAUCUCUUCACACAAUCAGCGGCAAUGAAACGCCCCUCUUCAAGCAAGUCAUCGCCUUCUCCGGUUCUCCAGUCACAAUGCCCAGCAAAACACCUGAAGGACACCAAGAAAACUUUCUCGAGUUAGCAGACAAGCUCGGUGUCAAGGACAUUAAGACCAAAACAUCCGAACAAAUUGCUCAAGAAUUCAUCGACGCACCUAUCUCGAAGAUUCGAGAGCUCAGCUUCGUCGGCGCACCAUGCAGCUCCAGCGAAAUGCUACCCUACGACAAACCAACUAUGGCACUCACCUACUCCAAGCCAGAAAGCAAUGUAAAAUGGCUCAAACGCGCAAUAUACAGCUCCUGCACCUACGACGGAAGCAUCUCCUACAACAUGAUGUCCAAAUCCGGCAAAAAAGACAACGCAAAGUCAUUCAUCGACAACGCCAACGAAAAUAUGUCAAAAGCUGGUGCGCAAGAACUCUCUUCAAUAUACGGCAUCGAAGAAAACGACAGCGAUCCCGCCGCCCUCAAAAAAGGCUGCCAAUUUGAGUCCGACAUUGGCUUUUUCGCCGCGAGUCUGGCUGAAGUCCAAGGCUCACCGGCAGAAAAGCGAUUUCUACAACUCUUCGACUUGAAGAACCCCUUUAAAGCUGGUGGAGCAUUACCGGAGAAGGAAGCUGCGUCUCACACCUGGGACAUUGUGGCGUUACUAGGCAAGUACGACGAUUUACUCGAUGAGAAAACACUGAAAAUCGUCAAAGAAUGGAGAGGGAGGAUUCUGAAUUUCGUCUGUGAGGAGGAUGAUCCGUGGAUUGAAUGGGAUGAGGAGACGGGUAAUGCAUUGAGGAUCGGGGAUGAGGACUUGAAGAUGCAGCAGAAGAGUGAGUACAUGGAUGAGGAUGGUCAGAGGAGAAAGAGGCUUCUUGAACUGGCGGAACGGGAAAAGGGAGAGCAGGGCUGGGAUCAUUUGUGGGAAGGUGUUUGUCGGAAGUGGUUGGAUUGA